GCUCCCGGGCUCCUUCAUGGAGCGAAGGGGGAGCUCCAAGGGCGACCUGCACCCCCGAGGCGGAGGCGGCGGAGGCUCCAGGGGUCCCGUGCUGCACAUCGCGGUGGUCGGCUUCCACCACAAGAAGGGCUGCCAGGUUGAGUUCUCUUACCCUCCCCUAAUCCCAGGAGAAGGCCACGACAAUCCCAGUUUGCCAGAAGAAUGGAAAUACUUGCCUUUCCUAGCAUUGCCGGAUGGUGCUCACAACUAUCAAGAAGACACUGUGUUUUUUCACUUGCCACCAAGAAGCGGAGAUCGAAGUACGGUGUAUGGUGUCUCAUGCUACAGACAGAUUGAAGCUAAGGCCUUGAAAGUACGGCAAGCAGAUAUCACCCGAGAAACAGUACAGAAAAGUGUCUGUGUUCUAAGUCAGCUGCCUCUGUAUGGGCUACUCCAGGCUAAGCUGCAGCUAAUUACACAUGCCUAUUUUGAAGAAAAAGACUUCUCACAAAUUUCAAUACUUAAGGAACUUUAUGAGCAUAUGAAUAGCUCGCUGGGAGGAAGCCCCCUGGAAGGAUCACAAGUUUAUCUUGGCCUGUCUCCACGAGAUCUUGUCCUUCAGUUUAGACACAAGGUCUUAAUACUCUUUAAGCUGAUUCUCCUAGAGAAAAAGGUUCUGUUUUAUAUCUCUCCAGUGAAUAGGCUGGUGGGAACACUAAUGACCGUCUUAUCACUCUUUCCUGGUAUGAUAGAGCAUGGUCUCACUGACUGUUCACAGUACCGGCCAAGGAAGAGUGUUUCAGAGGAUGUCGGCCAGCAGGAAGUCCCGCCUCCUACGGAUUAUUAUGUUUCCUUGUCCACUGUGGCGCUUUCCAACGAAAACGUGGAAGCAGAUGUAGAAGGCCCAACGUUGUCAGGAAACCAAGAACGGGAUACUGAGAAAGUAGAUGUACCUUUGUUUCAGACCGAGGACAAUCUCAAUGGAGCACACGUCUCCAGGGACAAUGGGCAGCAUUUGAAACCUCCCUCACGCACUUCUCCAGAAUCAUCUGAAAGUGACUGGGAAACCUUGGAUCCUAAUAUCCUGGAGGACCCCAGUUUGAAAGAAGGAGAAGGUGAAAUCACUGCAGUAGCAGCACAGACUGAAAUCCUUCCAAAGGAACCUGCAGUCUCUGAAAGCAUUCCCAUUACUGUGCAACCUCAGCCUAACACAGGACACGCCGUCUUUGUUCCUGGCCUUAUAUCAGGUUUGGAAGAGGACCAGUAUGGCAUGCCGUUAGCUGUUUUCACUAAGGGAUACCUGUGCUUGCCGUACAUGGCGCUGCAACAACACCAUCUCCUGUCUGAUAUAACCAUUCGUGGGUUUGUUGCAGGAGCCACCAACAUCCUUUUCCGUCAGCAAAAGCAUCUAAGUGAUGCUAUUGUAGAGGUUGAGGAAGCUCUGGUUCAAGUCCACGAUCCAGAGCUCAGGAAGGUUCUGAAUCCCACAACAGCUGACUUGAGAUUUGCAGACUUCUUGGUGAAGCACGUAACUGAGAACCGGGACGAUGUCUUCCUAGACGGCACUGGCUGGGAAGGAGGAGAUGAGUGGAUUCGAGCCCAGUUUGGCUCAUAUCUCCAUGCGCUGCUUGCUGCUACUCUGCAGCCAGACAGUGAAAAAAUACUAUCAGACUUUGGAACAACCUUUGUAGCAGCUUGGAAGAAUACACACAAUUACAGAGUGUGGAACAGCAAUAAGCACCCAGCUCUCGCAGAGGUAAAUCCCAGUCACCCAUUCCAAGGCCAAUACUCGGUUUCAGAUGUAAAAUUAAGAUUGUCACAUUCUGUACAAAAUAGUGAACGGGGUAAGAAGAUUGGAAAUGCCAUGGUUACAACCAGCCGGAAUGUUGUACAGACAGGAAGAGCCGUAGGUCAGUCAGUUGGAGGAGCUCUCACGAGUGCAAAAUCAGCCAUGUCCUCAUGGCUUUCUACUUUCACCCAGUCAACACAAAGCCUUGGGGAAUAACUGCUUUGCAGCGGACCAAGCCCUUACAUUCAUUUUGAGAAAGAGACCUGUGGUUUUGCUUUUAGAAACACGCCGAUGAAUUCAGGCAGCAUGAGGAUGAAGGAAUGGCCUUUAAAGCUGCAUCGCAGGAUGUCACUGCAGUUUGCAUUAAUGCCUCUUUUUUAAAAUCUGAGCCUUUGUAACGACAGUAGCAUACAAGCCUUGUUGUAAGACGGGCUUUAUUUUUCAGUGUGUGCUGUUCUUUGGAUGUUGAUAAUGAUUUAUGUAAAUUUUGUUGUAUUAAC